GGAGAAGUUAGUAAAACCGAAUCUGACAUCACUGCCUAGCAGCUUGUGUCGCUAGCAAGUGGUUUGUUCUUAGGGUGACAGAGGAGGAAAUUGCUCCCCGUCUGACAAGACGACAGUGAAGAAAGGACGCAUGCUGUGUCAUAGGAAUACGGCUGAUUUGCAGAUAUGACCAUGCCUGUGUGGCUGAGACUUCUCGUAUUUGGCUGUGCCCUUCUGGACAUAGGAGUGUCUGGUGAAGGAAAUAACUCAACUUCUGCUGGAACGGACGCGCCACAAAAGUCCAGUGCUUGGCCUCCAAGUAGCCCCUCACCUGCUCUCACCACUCCAUUCUCACCCGCAAGCACCUCUGAACGAGAAAGUAACUCCUCAGAGACCAUCCCACGUCUUGGGCGAGGCAGUCCUACCACGGAAGUGGCCCCCAACUCUUUGGGAAAUGCUAGUCGUCCUGACAUCAAAGGUGUCACACCAGUUCCGAUGUCUUCCCCUGCCAUGCACGCAGACUCGCAGACACCCUCUGUUGGAUCUGACCCUCAGACACCCAGCCACAAGGCUUCUGACACCCCACCCACCCUGGCUUCGGGAACGAAUGAGAUAUCAGGUGUCCCAGCAGAGACGAUUCUCUCCAGCACCCACGCCCCGUCAGCAGCCACCCCCAGCUCUGCACGCAGCAGCCCAGCUGCCUCACCCUCACGCAUGUCUGGCAUCAGCACAGACAACUCCUCAGAUUCGGACCUCUCACACACUCCACUCACGCAGAACCUUACAGCAAACCUCGCACGCACGCAGCGCCCUACAGUAAACACUGGUCUGGCCUCCACACCAAUAGAUUCUACUACCACUAUGCCAUCAUGUGAUGACAAGUAUAACAAUAUUUCUGUGGCUUACGUUUAUGACAAGGGGACUAGAUCAUUUCGUGCAGACCUAAAUGUUGCUGGCGAACUGACGUGUUCUCCUGUCCCAUGUACAAACAGCACCAUCUUUAAGCUAGCAGCAUGUGACAUUACCAAUGUUACUAUAUCUGAUAAAUCAUGCAGCGCUCCAUUUAAAAGUUUAACAUUAUAUGUACCACCAGAUUCUGAAAGUUUUCACUUACGUGACUGUGUAGAGAAAGAAAAAGCAAAUACUUCUAUUUGUUUAACUUGGGAAAAAACCAAGAGCAAUACUUGUGAUGAACAGAAAUUUACAUACACAUUUAAAUGUGGUAAUACUUCUCAAACUGAAAAGAAAUUUAAAGAGGACAACUUUGAACCCAACACAAAUUAUACUUGUGUGUCAGAAAUAGUCUACGAUAACUAUCAAGUUAUUAAAAAAGAGAAAAUUGUGCAAACAGAUUUUGGAAUUCCCGGAGAACCUCAGAAUUUUGACUGCCAUGUUCAAGACGCAAAGAACGCAGAAGUUACCUGGAACCCUCCUACAAGUCAUUUUUCUAAUUAUACUCUUUGUUAUAAUGUUUCAGGUUUAAAUUGCCACAAUCUGGAUAAAAGUAUGACCAACUAUGAUUUGGAAAAUUUGAAUCCUUAUACAUAUUAUAAAGUAACAUUGCUUGCCUACGUCUGCGGGAAAGUGAGACGUAAUGGAACUGCUGAGAAAUGUAUAUUUCAAACAGAAGCAUCACAGCCAACCGAGGUCAGGAACAUAAAUGUUGUACCGAAGUCAGAUAACUCUAUGAAUGUGAGCUGUGACCCACCUGCCAAGUUCAAUGGCCCCAACUCAGGCUUCUAUCAUUUGAAAGUCAAAACUGGAGGUCACGAGGUUCAAAAUUACAAAGAAAAGACGUGCCGUUUCCAAGUAAAAGAUCUUCAGUAUUCAACACCAUACACGCUUCAGAUCCAUUUUAACAACGGGAAACAUGAUGGAUUACCAAGCAGUGUUUCUUAUUCAACAUCUUAUAAUUCUAAUGCACUGAUUAUAUUCCUGGUAUUUCUGAUUGUUGUGACCUCAAUUGCCCUGCUCAUUGUUCUCUAUAAAAUCUAUGACCUGCAUAAGAAAAGAUCCUGCAACUUAGAUGAACAACAGGAACUUGUUGAAAGGGAUGAUGAAAAGCAGCUGAUGAACGUGGAGCCAAUCCAUGCUGAUAAUUUGCUGGAAACUUAUAAGAGGAAGAUCGCUGAUGAAGGGAGACUCUUUCUGGCUGAAUUUCAGAGCAUUCCACGGGUGUUCAGCAAGUUUUCAAUCAAGGAGGCUCGAAAAUCCUUCAACCUGAAUAAAAACCGCUAUGUUGACAUUCUUCCCUACGAUUAUAACCGCGUGGAACUGUCUGAGCUCAAUGGAGACGUGGGGUCAAACUACAUCAAUGCCAGCUACAUUGACGGUUUCAAAGAGCCCAGGAAGUACAUUGCUGCACAAGGUCCUAGGGAUGAAACUGUCGAUGACUUUUGGAGGAUGAUCUGGGAACAGAAAGCCACGGUUAUUGUCAUGGUCACUCGAUGUGAAGAAGGAAACAGGAACAAAUGUGCAGAAUACUGGCCGUCGAUGGAAGAGAGCACCCGGGAGUAUGGCGAUGUUAUUGUGAAGAUCAAUGAUUACAAACGAUGUCCAGACUAUAUCAUUCAGAAGUUCAACAUCACAAACAAAAAAGAAAAGGCAACCGGAAGAGAAGUGACGCACAUUCAGUUCACCAGCUGGCCGGACCACGGGGUUCCGGAAGACCCUCACCUCCUCCUCAAGCUGCGAAGGAGAGUGAACGCUUUCAGCAACUUCUUCAGCGGCCCCAUCCUGGUACACUGCAGUGCUGGGGUCGGACGCACUGGCACGUACAUUGGCAUCGAUGCCAUGCUGGAAGGCCUGGAGGCAGAGGGCAGAGUGGACGUGUACGGCUACGUGGUCAAGCUCAGGCGGCAGAGAUGCCUCAUGGUUCAAGUGGAGGCACAGUACAUCUUAAUCCAUCAGGCCUUGGUGGAGUACAAUCAGUUUGGAGAAACAGAAGUGAGCUUGUCUGAAUUCCACCCGUAUCUGUCCAACAUGAAGAAAAGGGAUCCCCCCAGCGAGCCGUCACCUCUAGAGGCUGAAUUCCAGAGACUCCCUACAUAUAGGAGCUGGAGGACACAGCACAUUGGAAAUCAAGAAGAAAACAAACGUAAAAACAGGAAUUCUUCCAUCAUUCCAUACGACUUCAACCGAGUGCCACUGAAACAUGAGCUGGAAGUGAGCAAAGAAAGUGAUCAUGAUUCGGACGAAUCUUCUGGGGAUGACAGUGACACAGAAGAGACCAGCAAAUACAUCAAUGCAUCUUUUGUAAUGAGUUAUUGGAAACCUGAAGUGAUGAUUGCUGCUCAAGGACCCCUAAAAGAGACCAUUGGUGACUUUUGGCAGAUGAUUUUCCAAAGAAAAGUCAAAGUUAUUGUUAUGCUGACAGAGCUGAAGAAUGGAGACCAGGAGGCUUGUGCUCAGUACUGGGGAGAAGGAAAGCAGACAUAUGGAGAUGUAGAAGUUGAUAUGAAAGAGACCAGCCGAUCUUCAGCUUAUACCCUCCGUGUGUUUGAACUGAGACAUUCCAAGAGGAAAGAGCCCCGAACUGUGUACCAAUACCAGUACAGCAACUGGAAAGUGGAGGAGCUCCCUGCAGAACCCAAAGAAUUAACCUCUAUGAUCCAGGCGCUCAGACAAAAGCUUCCCAGGAGGGAUUCCGCCGAAGGAGGGAAUAAGCACCACAAGAGCGCUCCUCUCCUCGUUCACUGCAGAGAUGGAUCUCAGCAAACAGGAAUGUUCUGUGCUUUGUUAAAUCUCUUGGAAAGUGCGGAAACGGAAGACGUGGUAGAUGUUUUCCAAGUAGUCAAGUCUCUCCGCAAAGCCAGGCCGGGAAUGGUCACCAUGUUUGAGCAAUACCAAUUCCUCUAUGACGUCAUUGCUAGCACCUAUCCUGCCCAGAAUGGACAAGUAAAGAAAAACACCAAACAAGAAGAUAAAAUUGAAUUUGACAAUGAGGUGGACAAAGCCAAACAGGAUGCUAACUGUGUGCAUCCACUUGGUGCCCCAGAUAAGGCCCAAGAAGACAACAAGAAAGCUGAAGCUUCCACCCCCACCCGUGGCCCUGAGGGGCCAGAACAUUCUGCCAACGGCCCCGCGAAUCCAGCUGUGACCCAAAGUGCAUAAGAACAGACACGAGCGGGGAAGCUCAUAACCUCCUGUGAAAUGUUAUUUCUAUUUUUCUAGAAGCAGGAGAGCAAAAUAGAUACAGAGUGGAUUAACAGUGGGACUUGGACCCAUACUGGUGGGACGCUUCUAUGUUACUACUGUAGAAAAUAUUUAAGACAGUUUUGCGACAAUGUUUUGUACAGUCUCGUGCUGAUUUUGAAAUGUUAUCUGUCGUUCAGCAAAAAAAAAAAAAAAUAAUAAUAAUUUCUUGGUAGUCUUUCCAUGUAUCUGUGUGUGCGGUGGCAGAGAGACUAUGUUUUCAGGGGAAUCUGAAUAGUUUUGAGAAACUGUGUCCUUUUUCUGAAGAAAAAAUAUUUUUACUGGAAAUAUUAACUUAGUUUAAAGCAUCUAGUUUUUAAAAUCGUAAAUUGUCUGUGAGCACUGGGUUAGCAUAACAUGUACAUUUAUAAAAUGACCUCUAGAUGUCCUUCUUGUUCUAUUCAUAUAUAUCCUUAGUUCAGUAUUUUACUUCUAGAAAUAGACAUAAGAGUAGUGUGUGUGUGGAGAGUUCCAACAAGAAAGUGAACGAAAUUAACAUUUGGAAACCUUAUAUUCCAUCUGUUAGCAUUUAGUCUGGGCUCUUUUCAAGCUUAUUUAAUCUAAUUUAAGAUUUUUAAGCAAACCUACCUUGUUAUCUUCAGAUGGUGUUUACAUUUUGCAACAAGGAUUAUUCCCUAUAUAAUCAUAUGUUUGAUACAUUGCUUGAUACUUUUGACCCAAAACGAUGUUUGUUACAAUUGAACUUCAAUAAACUUUUUAAAAUAAAUGCAGUAUAUAUGAACUCCAUAAGAUAAAAAUAGAAUCCUGCAAAUGUAUUUGUGCUACAUAUUUACAUACAGAACCUAAUAUAGCUAUUUUUAUGGACUAAAACGUUGACAGGAGACAGAUAAUGUUGCAUGUACAAUAUUCUCCAUAUUAAAGUUCAUCCUUGACUUUCA